AUGAAUUUCUCAACUUGGUUUCAACAGCAAUACUUUAUCGUUCAGUUAUGCUAUUGUUUAUCGAUACCAUGUCUUUUGUUAAACAUUUUUGGAAUUUAUGUGAUUCUCUACAAAGCGCCGAUUGAAAUGCGGAAAAUGAGCCAAGUGAUCACUUAUUGGGUGGACCUUAACUUCCGAAGAGAAAGAUGCUAUAAAAAACUCAAAUUUCCGCAGAUUGUCGGCAGUUCUUUGGAUUUAUACCUGAAAAUUAUCGGUACUGCUUGUUAUGAUGUCAUUAAUCGACACAUCGUCAUUCGCUAUUAUGGAAUAAUGAGCUUUUUCAAAGUCAAUGACAGAGUUCAAAUGACAAUUUUCUUUUUCCUGAUCGGUCAAAUCGGCUUCAGCUCGAAUUGUCUUCAUUUAAGCGCGCUCGCGAAAAUCCUACCGGAAACCUACAAAUUUCACUCGUUUUACAAAAUUGGAUGUCUGCUCAGCUUGAUCAAUCUGAUUGUGUUUCUGGCUGGUGGCGGGGAUUAUUAUGUCUUUGAUCAGGCUCAUGUCAGCGACAAUCCCACCGAGCACAUGCUAAUCUUUGUAAACGAUGGAGAAACCUAUUUCAACUUUAUCAUUUUACUCUUCGCAAUCAUUGCUUAUUCGAUUACAAUCGCAGCUUUAUUCAUUGAGAAAAACUAUUUCAAAAGUGUUGAAGAGCAAAUGAGCUCAACGACAAAACACAAGCUUCACUCUUAUCUGAAAAAUUCUGUUAUUCAGACUUGUGUACCACUAAUCACCCUGUUGCCCGCGAUUUUUAAUAUAAUCGUUUUGUACUUGAGGAAUGAUAAAGGAGAUGAUCAGGAUUUGUUGGUUUUGAUUAGUAUGUUGAUCAUGUCCCUUUACGGGAAUAUCACCGUCAUCACCACUUUUCUCCUCUAUCAACCGUAUCGAGCUUAUUUCUAUUCGUUCUGCUUAACCAUAUAUCCAAAGAAAAAGCGACAAACGAUCACUUCUGCU